CCCUGAGAGUGAUAGCUUUGGAAAAUGUCCGAAUACUACUUCUACUACUCAGUCUUCUUUAUUUUAUUAGUAAUAAGAGUUUAAAGACACAAACAAAUUAACAAGAAGGCUUCUGCAGAACCUUGAAUUGUGUAUUUAACUCUUUUUAAUUAUUUCUUUUGUCAAAUCGUGUUAAUUUAUGGCGUCGGAAGAGAGCAUGGUGAUCAAUUCUUCUUCGGUUCUUGACGAAGAGUACGACGAUACAGAUCCUGAUGCCUUUCCUUACCAGACAAGGCAAAACAGUUUGUCUAGGUUAUCUAUCUGCACGAGCUCCUUCCACGAAGACGAUGAAGAUCAUCAUCCUUCACAGCUAUGUAAUUUCGUCUCUGCUCUGUCGCUAGAGAGCUUGGACGACGACGUCGGUGCCGAGGCCGACGGGGAAAUCUCCGAUGAUGGUGACGAUUCGGAUUCCGACAAGGAAUCUCCCGGAUUCUACUCUCUCCCGACGAUCACAUCUCGUCGGAGAAGAAAACUCACGGUUUCCGGCGAAGAUAAUGGGGUGAAAGGCGACGGCGCUAGGUGUAGUAAUAUUGUGAGUCAACGGAGAGAAAAGAGCAAAAGAGGGAACCAGUACGGUCACGGGUUUAUCGGCGUGGAGAGAGACAGCGACGGAGACGGGAACCGUUACGGCGGAGGAGGAGAGUUGACGGUGUUAACGAAGGUGAGAGGAGGGAAGAAGUCAAUGAAGAUGGGUUUUGAAGAAGUGAAAGCCUGCAGAGAUCUCGGGUUCGACUUGGAAGUUCCGGGUCGGGUUUCUGUAUCGGGCGGGUCAAACCGGGAGACUCAGACUAGUAGUGGCGGUAACUCUCCCAUUGCCAACUGGCGUAUCUCCAGUCCGGGGGAUGAUCCGAAAGAGGUUAAGGCAAGAUUGAAGAUGUGGGCACAAGCUGUUGCUUUAGCUUCUGCAUCACGUUAAGCUUCUUAUUACCUUUCUUCUGUUAGGGUUUGUCUUUCGCAAGUUUAGCUUCUUUUUUGUUACCAUAGUCUUACUACGAGUUAUAUAUUACGAGUAUUUUUUCUUUCUUGUAUCGGUAACUCGUUUUGUAAAUAUUAUGAAAGCUACUAUACAUA